CCCGUCGCAGUCUGACGUUGGAAAUGUUUGAUAUCUACGAACUGGGGUCAGAGUUCACCAUGUACUGAUGAUGUCAUCGUCUGAAGAUGGCUGAAGGAGAAGGCUGGUGGGGAGGCUGGUUCCAGCAGAGCUUCCAGGCCGUGAAAGACAAGUCAUCUGAGGCCUUAGAAUUCCUAAAGCGAGACCUGACAGAGUUCUCCACGGUAGUUCAGCAUGACACGGCCUGCUCGAUCGUGGCUACAGCCAAUGCCGUCAAAAACAAACUAGCUGUGGAAGGGUCUUCAGAGACCACAGAAAAGGUGAAGAAGAGCCUGUCUGGUUUCUUGGGGGUAAUAACAGACACCCUUGCUCCACCUCCUGAUAAAACCAUCGAUUGUGAUGUGAUCACAUUGGUGGCAACGCCAGCAGGAACCACAGAGGUCUAUGACAGCUCUAAGGCACGCCUCUACAGUUUGCAAGCUGACCCAGCGACAUACUGCAAUGAGCCUGAUGGUCCACCUGAGCAGUUUGAUUGCUGGCUGUCCACUUUCAGUCUGGAGGAAAAGAAAGGAGAGAUAUCAGAACUUUUGGUCAACAGCCCGUCCAUACGAGCACUUUACACCAAAAUGGUUCCUGCUGCGGUAUCCCAUUCAGAAUUCUGGCAGAGGUAUUUCUAUAAGGUGUUCCAGCUGGACCAGGAGGAGGCAAGGAGAGUGGCCCUGAAGCAAAGAGCAGAGCAAAGUGCCCACACCGAGACGCUGGGAUGGGAGGAGGAAGAGGAGGAUGAUUUUGUUGGAGCCACCUCACCAUCCCAUCUCAACCUUAAACCCCCACCAGACAGCACCCCCCCAGCUCCCACAGAGACGUCCUUGAUGAGUCCGGUCCUCUCUCCAAGCGACGAGCCCAACUCCACCCUCUCAGUCAGCAGCGACAGCGUCAGCCUCCCGACGCAGGUGGAGUUGCAGCCUCCUGCGGUUUCCGUAGAGCUCACCAAGAAACUGAAUGAAGCAACGUUGGAGGAUGUUGUUGAGAAAAAACUAGAAGAGCAGAAACCUGGAAAGAUUGACUCUCCCCCUGAGGCCCAGGUGGAACCAGCCAAUGUGGUUCCGGUGCGAGGCGCUGGUACCAAACAACCAGACGUUAUAAAAGAGGAUGGGCCACAAGACCUGAGAGUGUUUGAGCUCAACUCUGACAGCGGAAAGUCGACGCCCUCCAACAAUGGCAAGAAAGGGUCCAGCACAGAUGUGAGUGAGGGCUGGGAGAAGGAUUUUGACCUGGACAUGACAGAAGAAGAAGUCCAAUUGGCUCUGUCUAAAAUACAGGAUUCUGGAGAGUUGGAUGAAGACUGGGAGAACUGGGAGUGAGGGUCUUGCUGCCAAAGCAGGUCUCGGCAGAUAAACCAUGCUUCUCGUGUUUUAACUCUUUCUUUCCACUCUGUCACCAUGUCAUGAUUGGGGGGGAGGGUGUGUGUGUGUGUGUGUGUGUGGCUAGUUUGGAUCAUGUGGUAAUCCUGUUGAAAAAAUGAACACGAUGAACUCCGUCGGCAGUGAGAACCGGACUGCUUCAUCAGCCGUCAGAGCAGAUCAACCUGUAGAGAUGGUUUCUGAUCGUCCAUUUAGGGCGCUUAUGACACUACUAUACGGCAGGCUGCAUUUCUUCUGGCCUUGAAGCUAAUCAGAAUGUUAGAUGCUGCAGCAGCACAGAGUUGGUUUUUUUUUCUCUUAUCCCAUUAAAUACAUCUCAUGUUGCAAGUCUUAAAGGUAUGCCAUAAACUUUAGUGCUGCUUGUCUCCUUUCUAAGAUGAAAGCGAUCAAUGAAUGGUGUCCUUGUCUUUCCUAAUUUUUUUCAUCCUUUUCAAACAAGCAAAACCAGGAAAUUGGAAAAAAGAAAAUACUCUGGCCUUCUUUUCAUUUUGGAUUCCUCCUGACUUUGGUCGUAAGUCCUUGCAGAAAACAUCCAAAUGUCUCCCUCACUGGUUCGCUUCUCUUUGAUAUUUAUUUCCGCCUGCUGCCCUUUAUGUUAGAAUGUUGUUUUCAAACACGUCUUGUCUUAUUAGAGGGGACUCGUUUAUCAUUGGUCGCAUUUGAAGAUGGCAAAUUUAUACUGCUAUGAUAGCCGAUCCUUGAGUUUAUCCUUGAGUCUAUUUGCUUUUUCCAUAAAGGAUAGUUUAUGUUUCUCUGUUGGUUGGAACGGCUAAGCGGAUGGUGUGCCAAGCAGACCAAGAAGCAAUCUUAGCACACUCCAAGCUUUUCUUUUUCACUUGUGUCUGAGAAAAGUAAGCCUAGAGGUGUAAUAUUUAUACUGGAAUAAAUGCUUAAUUAUUGUAAUUAUCUGCUUUUGAUUGCAUGUCUGUGCAAUGACAUUAUGCAAAAGAUUGUACAGAUGGUAACCGUUGAGUUGUAUGAGUUUUUGUUUGUUGUUUUUAGGCUGUUAUUCAAAUCUUUGUUGCAUGUCUGUAAUUUUCAGCUGUGUACUUUCCUGAGUUGGAGCUAAUUAGCUGUUCUGCAGACAUCCAUCUUUAUAGCUGUCAGGAUCUUUUGCAAACAACUUCAGUCAAUCUCUCAAAUAAUUAUUAUCAUUAAAAAAAUCAUGCCUACUAUAAUUUUGUGUCAU